AAUCGAGUAUUUUGGCUAAAAUUUGGCAAAUGCAGUCACAGUGGAACUAGGUGAAGUUUCAUUCCCACUCGGUCACUCUCGCUCUCUUCGCAGAAUUCUAACCCAGAACUCAAAAGUCCCAGCAUCGCAAGCCACUAAACCAUAGCGAUUUGGUGAAAGAUCGCAAAUUUUGAAGGGGGAUCGACAGGAGGGGAUGGAGAUCGAGGAGAAGCAGCAGCAUCAGUGUUGUUCUUCGGAGGAUGGGAGGGAGAGCAACGACUACACAUCGGAGGACGAAGGGACGGAGGACUACAGGAGGGGAGGGUACCACGCGGUCCGAAUCGGCGACGCCUUCAAGAACGGCCUCUACGUUGUCCAGAGCAAGCUCGGCUGGGGCCACUUCUCAACCGUCUGGCUCGCCUGGGAUACCGAUUUCUCUCGAUUUGUAGCUCUGAAAGUACAAAAGAGUGCCCAGCAUUAUACUGAGGCGGCCAUGGAUGAGAUAACCAUCCUGCAACAGAUUGCUGAGAGCGACCCUGAUGAUAAAAAAUGUGUAGUGAAGCUCUUGGAUCAUUUCAAGCAUUCGGGUCCCAAUGGGCGGCAUGUUUGUAUGGUUUUUGAGUACUUAGGGGAUAAUCUUUUGACCCUUAUCAAGUAUGCGGAUUACCGGGGUAUGCCCAUUAAUAGGGUGAAGGAGAUCUGUUUUCAUAUUUUGGUGGGGUUGGAUUACUUGCAUAAACAACUUUCCAUUAUACACACUGAUUUGAAACCAGAAAAUAUUUUGCUAAUGUCCAUGAUAGACCCUGCUAAGGAUCCCCGAAAGUCAGGUGCUCCUCUCGUUCUUCCAAAUAGUAAGGAUAUGGCUGCAGUAGAGUAUGGGGCUAUGAAGGAUAACGAGACCGUAAACGGGGAUUUGACCAGGAACCAGAAGAAAAAGAUCCGACGAAAGGCAAAGAGAGCAGCUCAGGAGUGUGCGGAGAAGGAAGUCUCUGCGGAAACUGAGGCAGAUCCAGAAUCAUCCGGUGCUGUGGAGUCUUCUCCUAAUUCGAAGUUGAAUGUGGGUUGUGGAGAAGACCAACCUACUAGUUCUGUUAAUAGAUUGUCAGAUGCUGACGUAACAAAGGGUACCGGGCAAGAAAAGCACUGUGGUAAGAAAGGAGACCGCUUGAAUAGGCAGAAGCUGUUGGCAUCAGUUGACCUCAAGUGCAAGUUGGUCGAUUUUGGGAAUGCGUGUUGGACGUACAAGCAGUUCACGAAUGAUAUUCAGACAAGACAGUAUAGGUGUCCAGAGGUGAUCCUUGGAUCCAAAUAUUCUACCUCAGCCGAUCUAUGGUCCUUUGCUUGCAUUUGUUUCGAGCUUGCAACUGGUGAUGUGCUCUUUGAUCCUCAUAGUGGGGACAACUUUGAUAGGGAUGAGGAUCACUUGGCUUUAAUGAUGGAGCUUCUUGGAAUGAUGCCGCGAAAGAUUGCCUUAGGUGGCCGCUAUUCGCGGGAUUUCUUUAAUAGAUAUGGCGAUCUGAGACACAUUCGCAGGUUGCGUUUCUGGCCCUUGAACAAGGUUCUCAUCGAGAAGUACGAUUUCAAUGACCAAGAUGCAAAUGAUAUGACUGGUUUCCUGGUUCCAAUCCUCGACUUUGUCCCUGAGAAGCGGCCCACUGCAGGUGAAUGCCUUCUUCAUCCAUGGAUUGAUGCAGGACCUCGUCUUUUGGAGCCAUCUAUGCCCUCUAAUCAAAACCAAGUGGCGGACAGUGUCAUUUCUGAAAAAAAGAGGGAGAAGGAUGAGAGGGAAGCAAUGGAGGCUGGAAUGGGGAAUAUUGCCAUCAAUUCAGAAUCUCAACCAGUCAAAGAUUUUCCAGCUAGUGGUAAACCUUCCGAGGGAGCCAGUAGUAGUUCAUCUAGGUAGGCCGGCAGCGAAUGUUUCUUAAAGGAACCUUUGUUGCCAUCAUCUUCCGUCAGUUUUGUUUGAUAGCUGCUGGCAUUCUGAAGAGGCACGAUUGCUUCCUUUUUUCUUUCUUUGGUUUGCAUAUUGGUUUUAUGAAUGGCCGCUCGUGGGGUGGAAAGCAUUUGGUUCUGAUGUGUCCAAGAAGUUUGGGCGAAGCAAUAGAUUGAACAAAGUACAUUCUAUGUUUCCGAGGAAACUCUCUUUCAAACAUAAUAGCAUGGUCACAGCUAACUUGUUCAUGAAUAUUGCUAAGUUGAACCAUUUCAAUUUGAUAUUUAAAGGAUUGAUACAUUACUCAAGUCCUAAAGAUUAUCCCAAGCAGAUUACAGAGUGGAUUGCAUUAUCUGCAUGACGAGGAGCUGUCUUAAAGUUGUUCGAGUUAUCUUAAGUUUUGUGAUGGUUUGGCGCCGGUACUUGCCAGAUUUGAGGUAAGUAAGAUCUUUCCCCGUGCACUGGACUCAUGAUGGAGUUUCUUAAGUUAGAACCUCCUUGUGGAAAUGAUAUUGGUCUUUAUGCGUUAUUUAAGCCAUGUACGUUCUCCUAGUUAA